AUGCUUUAUCAAGAAGAGGGAGCUGAGGAAGAGCUUGAGAUUGAGCUCAAUGAGGACGAGCCAGCCUUUUUAAAUGGACAGAGCAGGUAUUCUGUUGAUAUGUCACCUGUGAAAAUCUUUAAGAAUCCAGAAGGGUCACUGGGUCGUGCAGCUGCACUUCAGUCCACACUCAUUAAGGAGCGUAGAGAAGUGCGUGAGCAGCAGCUAAGAACCAUGUUGGAUUCUAUCCCAAAGGAUGUCAAUCGUCCCUCGGAAGAUCCAAUGCCAGAGACUGGUGAGAGGCAUCUUGCACAAGAACUUAGAGGUGUUGGUUUGUCGGCAUAUGUUAUGCCUGAGUGGAAGAAUGAUGCUUUUGGGAAAACCAUCAGUUUUGGGCAGAGGUCAAAACUCUCAAUCCAGGAACAGAGGCAGAGCUUGCCUAUCUACAAGCUGAAUAAAGAAUUGAUUGCGGCGGUGCAUGAGAACCAAGUGCUCGUCGUCAUUGGUGAGACUGUUUCAGGUAAGACAACACAGCCACGUAGGGUGGCUGCCAUGUCUGUGGCCAAGAGGGUUGCUGAAGAGUUUGGUUGUCAUUUAGGAGAGGAAGUUGGCUAUGAAAUUCGAUUUGAGGAUUGCACUGGUCCAGAGUACAUGACCGAUGGUAUGCUUCUUAGGGAGAUUUUGAUUGACGAGAACCUUUCUCAAUAUUCUGUGGUCAUGCUUGAUGAAGCUCAUGAGAGGACAAUCCACACAGAUGUUCUUUUUGGACUGCUGAAGAAGCUCGUGAAGCAGAGACCAGACCUUCGUUUGAUUUUCACAUCUGCUAAUUUGGAUGCGGAGAAGUUCUCUGGUUAUUUUUUCAACUGUAACAUCUUCACUAUCCCUGGGAGAACUUUUCCUGUAGAGAUACUCUACACUAAACAGCCCGAAAGUGACUACCUUGAUGCAUCUCUAAUAACUGUUUUACAAAUACAUUUAACAGAACCUGAAGGUGACAUCCUUCUUUUCUUGACUGGACAAGAAGAGAUUGAUUUUGCAUGCCAGUCUCUUUAUGAGAGGAUGAAAGGUCUUGGUAAAAAUGUCCCUGAGUUGAUUAUCCUACCAGUGUAUAGUGCCCUUCCUAGUGAACUGCAGUCAAGGAUAUUUGAUCCUGCCCCACCAGGUAAGAGGAAAGUAGUUGUGGCUACUAAUAUUGCUGAGGCAUCACUGAUCAUUGAUGGGAUAUUUUAUGUCAUUGAUCCUGGUUUUGCAAAGCAAAAUGUUUAUAACCCAAAGCAGGGGCUAGAUUCACUGGUCAUAACUCCAAUUUCCCAAGCAUCAGUGAAGCAACGAGCUGGGCGUGCUGGGCGUACAGGCCCUGGGAAAUGUUACUGCCUCUACACUGAGAGUGCAUACCGCAAUGAGAUGUCCCUUACUUCAAUUCCAGAAAUCCAGAGGAUAAAUCUUGGUACUACUACACUUACGAUGAAAGCUAUGGGGAUAAAUGAUCUCUUGUCUUUUGAUUUUAUGGAUCCUCCUUCACUCCAAGCACUCAUUUCUGCCAUGGAGCAAUUUUACAGUUUAGGAGCACGGGAUGAGGAGGGGUUGCUCACCAAAUUGUAG